AUGGCGUCGCCGCCGGCAUCGCUGCCGUCGAGCCGCAAGAGCGAAUUUCACGCGACCAACGUCGUAGGCACGGCGACACUGUUGCGGGCAGCCGCCGAAUGCCCUUCUGUCAAAGCAUUCGUGUACACGUCGACCGUCGACGUCUAUGCCGAUCCGCCGCACGACAAUACGGGCGAAGACUGGCCACUAUGGACCGAUGUUUUGGGGGACGGAAAGGGGAAACGCCCCAAAAUGAGCGAGUACUGCCGCACGAAGACGGUGGCCGAUGCACUUGUGCGUGCCGCCAACAGCGACCCUGGCCACAUGCAAACGGUCGUGCUGCGGCCGGGACAUGUCUACGGCGAGCGGCACACGCAGGGACUCUACGAAAUUCUUGCCGCAGCGCAGGGAAACGCCCCUCUGAUCCAGUUGGGCAGGCGAUCCGAGGACAGCAGCAGAGUGCUCAUGGAGGCGGCCUCAGCGGACAAUGUAGCGGCCGGCCACGUCCUGGCAGCCAAAGCACUGUUAGAAGGGAAUACCGCCGGCGUGGCCGGUGCAGCGUUCAACCUGUCAGACGGCUCGCCUGUGCCCUUUUGGCACCACGUCCGUGUGAUCUGGGGCGUUGCACGUGGUCGAGAGGCCCUCGACAAGAUCUGGGUGCUGCCACCGUGGAUCAUGGUCGCUGUAGUCGCCGUGGCCGAGUGGUCGUAUUGGGCUUUUUCGUUUGGCAAGGCCCAGCCGCCGACCGAAUUCACAAGUGCGUCUCUGUCGUACUGCAUCGAAUCACACAGUUACAGUAUUGACAAGGCCCGGCGUCUUCUGCACUUUGCACCAGUGGCCAAGCACGACGACAAUUUGGCUGCGUCGGUGCGGUGGGAACUGGCACGGAGGGGGCAGCCAAUAUUGGGGUGA